AUGGAAGAUAUUGUAACUGCGACUGAGUCGAUUCAAGAUUACAUGAAAAAGGUGAUCGACUAUUCGUGGUUCACGAACAAAAAUGUCCAAAUGAAAAAGGAGGCGAUUGUGAUCGAGAUUGUGCGUUCGCUUCAGAGCAUUUCCGACACAAAACAUUUGAGAGAGGCCGAACUGGCUUUGAUCCUGUUCAAGCGACAAUAUGGGAUCAGUAACAAUUGUCGAAACUACGUGCUAAAAGUAAUGAACAAGCUAUUCUUCAAAUACCUCAAUCUUCUCCGAUUGGCUCGGAAAACAAAGCACUCCACGCGUCAGGAUGCAUUCAUCCGCUCUUUGAUCACACUCUCCGUGGAGGCAAACUAUGGAGAGGAUGUGACCGAGAAAUUGGAUAUGUUGGAGAUUCGCCAAGAGCAACGAAAAAGCAAACAUGAGAAAAGGCGACCAUCGAAAGAGGCUACACGAAGCAGUCGAGCUGAACAGGAUAAACUGCAGACACAAAGGAGAGAAGAACCGGAGAAGACUCCCAAGACUAGCAAAGAAACGGAGCUGUUCGAAGAGACAGAGGAAGGAGAAACAGUCAGUCCGGAAGAACUGGAACAACGUCGGGCCAAACGACGUCAAGAGUUGGCAAACAAACUACGUAUGAAAGCUCAGGAACGCCAAGCCAUGCAGCGUGUAAUGGCCAAGGGACUGGACAAAGUAUCACAGGAUGAUUCUCAAGAGACUCCAUCUUUUCCAUCCGUUCCAGAGGAGGGCAGUGAAGAAGAAGAGGUGGAAGAAGAUAGAGACGCGAGACGUAUGUCGACCGGUCGUAUAAGGCGAAAGAAAAAGGCAUUGGAGGAGGAAGAGACCGAAAGCUCAUCCAGUCAUGGAACAGGUUUUCGCAAGAUGGAAGAAGAAAUCUCGAUGGCCGCUCUGGAGGCCAAACGACGCAGAGCACAAAAAGAAGCGGAAGCGGCCGAGGGAUCCAAGCCACCGUCUCGAAGCGAUCGUACACCAACUUCGGAACGAACAAGAUUAGGUACACAAGAAACACCGAUCAUUUCACUACCUCCGAAGGACCAUGGACUACCCCCACCGAGUCCGAAAGGACCACAAAAGCGAGCACUCAAGAAACCAGCCAGAGAGGAUGAAGUAAUCCGUAUACCGGGGGCGGAAUACGAGGAUAUAUUGAAGUCUGACGAGUCUUACGGUAGCGAGGAGGAAGAAGUAGAGGAAGAGGAACAAGAAAUGGAAACGGGAGAAAUUGGCAAACUUAAGAGGACCUCUUCGAGGCGCCGAAAACGUGGACGUCGCCGGGGACACAAAGCUAAAACACAUCGUGGUUCGCAAAAGGAUAAACAACCGGUUCCACACAAACCCACUGAGACUGGGAUGUUGUUACGUUUUCCGAUGACUCCAAAACAAUUGCCUCGAGAUGCAGCAGUGGCUAUGUUGAAAGAUUUUCUCGACAAACAAAUCGAGGCUGAUCAGUUAAGUACCGCACCAUCCAUUACCUUACGUGCACUGGCAAACGCCUUUCAGGAUCCCGAUAAGGCGGAACACGCUGAGCAACUGAUGCAAGCAUUUGAACAGGCGCUUGGUCUGGAUGAGAAAGAUCCGGCAACGGUAAUGCAGACAAUUCGAGAACGACUGGACGCAGGUCCGUCCGGUAAGAUGGCUCCGUUCAACAAAAUGGUCAACUUGCUCAGCAUUAUUCUCGCCAUGGAUCCGGAAUCAGCGGAACAGGCGGAUCAUGUGUUCGAGUCUUCGUUCUCAUCCAUCAUUCAGGAACAAGCAGCAUUGUCCUAUAUCGGACAGCCGGAAGUUGCUCAUCAGCGGCAACAGUUACUCGCGGCACUGGUGGAAGAUAUCACGUCCCAGCUCAAGUACGAAUAUGCUGUCUUGAAUGAUCUAGCUCCGGGACAACGGGCGGUGUGGAUGGCCUUGGAGACCCAGGCGGACACGAUGCGAGAAUGUUGUGAGAAAAUUGGUUUUCUAAUCAGUUCGCAUCCUCCGAUCGAUCGACAAGGGGAUGAUUUUGACCAAUUUACAUCUGCACAAUUACAGGACACAUACGAAGAAUUCACUCGCGUAGCUGGUAUGACCGAGUUGGAGACCAGUUCCAGACAACUGCAAUCACGUACACGAACAACACAACAGACCAGUUCCGCCAAACGAGUGAAACGCAUGACGAAACCGGAUCAGAAGAAGAAACGUCGUCCGGAAGAGGAAGAAGACGAACAAGUCACUGAACCACCGGAGACGACUGGCUCGUUCGAAGAUAAACCACCCGGGGAAGAGAAAGAUGGUUCCUCGUCUGGUUCGGCCGAGUCCGAUCAGGUCGAAAUUGAUCUGACAGCGGUUGAGAAUGAGUUACGAAUGCUGGAUGAGGAACCGGAGGAAAUUUUGAAAGCCAUGGAAGCGGAAGAGAUGACCGAGCCGACCAAAUCACCAUCCUCCCAGAAAACUACGGACGUACCCACGACCAGUACCGCUGAAGGAGUUUAUCCGGAUCCGGCCUUUCUCCGCGGAGAAGUUAAACGAUUUGUACUCGGUCCUGAAGAAUCGGGUAUGUAA